AUGCCCUCCCGUCCCGCAUCCGCCGACUCCAAGGCUCCGUCCUUCAAGGACCCCACGGGCGACGUCGAGAAGACCGGUUUCGCGGUCCAUGUUGAAGAACACGAUGUGUACGAGGGCGAGGACGCCGCCAUCGACCCCGUCUACUACGCCAAGGCGAAGGUCCUCAACCUGGCCUUCCAGGAGAUCGGCAUGGGCCACUACCAGUGGUACCUGUUCUUCGUUGCUGGUUUCGGCUGGUUCGCCGAUAAUCUGUGGCUGUGCUUGACCGGCCUGAUCAUCAACCCGGUCACGAUGGAGUUCGCGGGUUUCAAGGGCCCGUUCCUCAUCCUCGCGCAAAGUAUCGGUCUCCUGUUCGGCGCCAUCUUCUGGGGCGUCGGAUGCGACAUUUGGGGACGGAGAAUUUCUUUCAACAUGACGCUUUUGAUCACGAGUAUCUUCGCGCUCGCGGCAGGAGGAGCGCCCACCGCGAUCGCGCUGUGCUCCCUCAUUGCCACCUGGAACUUGGGGGUCGGCGGUAACCUUCCCGUCGACUCUGCGGUCUUUCUCGAGUUCGUGCCGGCAUCGCACCAAUGGCUCCUCACCGUACUCUCCAUCUGGUGGGCGAUCGGCCAGCUUGUGGCUUCACUCGUCGCGUGGCCGUACAUUGCCAACUUCACGUGCUCGUCCACGGAAGGUUGCACCAAGGCCGCGAACAUGGGCUGGCGCUACUACCUCUGGACGAUGGGUGGCUUGAUGAUGUUCCUCUUCUUCCUCCGCGUCUUCGUAUUCCACCUAUACGAGAGCCCUAAGUACCUCAUGGGCAAGGGUGAGGACGAGAAGGCGGUCGAGGUUAUCCACGAGGUCGCGAGGUAUAACGGAAAGACCAGCAGCCUCACCCUGGAUAUGCUCAAGAAUGCCGAACGCACGGCGCGCUCAGGAGGCGCGCUGACCGCCGUCAAAAGCGAGGAUAAGGCGGAGCAGUCUGUCAUGCCGGCGAUGGACACGAGCAUGAAAGCGCGCGCGAUGCGCAAGGUGUCGAUGGUGAACACGGAGCACGUCAAGUCGCUCUUCGCCACUCGUAAGCUUGCGUACUCGACCUCGCUUCUCAUUGUGACAUGGGCCCUCAUUGGCCUCGCCUUCCCUCUCUAUAACGGUUUCGUCACCGUCUUCCUGGCUAGCAGGGGAGCCGACUUCGGUGACGGCUCACUUUAUAUCACCUACCGUAACCAAGUCAUCCUGAGUAUCAUGGGAAUUCCCGGGGCUCUCCUCGCCGGGUAUUUGGUGGAGCACCCUUGGCUUGGUCGUAAGGGCACCCUCGCUAUCUCCACCGCGCUCACUGGCGUGUUCCUUUUCGCUUCCACCACCGCGCGCACAUCAGACGCGCUCCUCGGCUGGAACUGCGGCUACACGUUCACGAGCAACGUCAUGUACGGCGUCCUCUACGCCGUCUCGCCCGAGCUCUUCCCCACCAAGGACCGUGGCACGGGCAACGCGAUCGUGUCUGCCGCCAAUCGUAUUUUUGGUAUCAUGGUGCGUCUCGCCUUGCCUUCGUUCUCCCUCUUGGCUGACCUGUGGAUGCAGGCGCCCAUCAUCGCGCUUUACGCCGACCUCUCGACCCCGGUCCCAAUCUACGUCUCGGGAACGCUCUUCAUUGUCGCUGGCUUUAUCGCGCUCCUCCUGCCGUUCGAACCGCGGGGAAAGGCGGCGAUCUAA